AUGUUAGAUCUCGAUAAAUCAAUAGAUUUAUUAAAACAAUGCAAACCAAUUUCAGAAAAAGAUGUAUAUGAACUAUGCAUGAAAGCUCAAGAACUAUUAAUAAAAGAGGCAAAUGUUCAAAUAGUGGACACUCCAGUGACAAUAUGUGGUGAUAUUCAUGGUCAAUUACAUGAUCUUUUAACACUUUUCAAAAAUAGUGGUGAAUGUCCACAGGCAAGAUAUUUAUUCUUGGGAGAUUUCGUGGAUAGAGGGUUUUAUUCAUUAGAAAGUUUUUUAUUAUUAUUAUGUUUAAAAGUUCGUUAUCCAGAUCGUGUCACUUUAAUUAGAGGAAAUCAUGAAUCAAGACAAAUUACAACUGUUUAUGGGUUUUAUGAUGAAUGUAUCAGAAAAUAUGGUUCUGCAAAUGUAUGGAGAUAUUGUUGUGAAGUAUUUGAUUACCUUGCCCUUGGUGCACUUGUUGGUGGUGAAGGUGGUGUUUUUUGCGUUCAUGGUGGGUUAUCUCCAGAUAUAGAUUCGAUAAAUCAAAUUAAAUUAAUUGAUAGAAAGCAAGAAGUCCCUCAUGAAGGUGCAAUGUGUGAUUUAUUAUGGUCUGAUCCUGAUGAUGUGGAAAAUUGGGGGAUAAGUCCAAGAGGUGCUGGUUAUCUUUUCGGUAGAAAUGAAGUUGAUAAAUUUUUACAUCAAAAUAAUAUUUCAUUAAUUGCAAGGGCUCAUCAAUUAGUUAUGGAAGGUUAUAAGGAAUUAUUUAAUGGUGGGUUAGUCACGGUUUGGAGUGCUCCAAAUUAUUGUUAUAGAUGUGGUAAUGUUGCUGCUGUAUUAACUAUUGAUGAUCAAUUGAAUAGAGAUUAUAAAAUCUUUGAAGCAGUAUUACAAGAUGCUGGUUCAAUACCGUCUAAAAAACCUGCAACUGAUUAUUUCUUGUGA